UGUGCUCACGUGCCCUCGCUGUGCGCCCCCUUCCAGUUGGAACAGAGCAUGCCAUACAUCGUCCACUUCCAGAUAAGGGACUGCGGUCUCGCCCCUCCGGCGGAGUCGAUCCCCCGGAGCUGCAGCCCGUGGAGCCGCCGCCUGCCGCGGAGCGGAGAUUCAACCUUGGAGGAGGACGAAUGCUGCGUUUGUUGCAGGUAAUGCAUGACUUCCUGCGGCCGAGGAAGGACGGGGCAGAUCUACAGGGUAAACACUGCUGUGUCCUGCCGCAUGCAGCUCCCCAUCCGACCCGCCGCCUGCUCCUCCUGCAGCUCGGACAGAAGGCUUGCUUUUAGGGGAUAACACCGCCGCUCUCCAAGUGAAAUAUUUCCGUGAAGUUGUGUUCGGGAUAGGAGGCUGCGGCGGGCCGAGCUCCACACCGAAGCCUACUUUUGGUAUCCUCCACCCUGACUUUGCUGUGUCCGAGCUGCGCGGCCAUGCUGCAGGCUGCACCCUGUGACCUGUUCCCGACCUGACUGGGAUUAACAAACUCACCGCUCCCAUCUGAAUAUUAUUGUUUAUCUUCUGACCGCCUUGUAGUUUCUGCUUUAGCCCCGAACUGACCAGGUUUUACCUGGUAAAUGUGAGCAGAGUAUCUCAAACAUUAAUCAAAGCUGACUCUGCAUGACUGCUCUGUGGGACCAGCAUUCUCUUCAUCACAACCCCCAGUGAGGCAGCAUCAUGGGUGCCAAGCAGACCAAAGGCCAGGAGCUGGGGGGAGCCAGUCCUCAGCACAGCUGGAAGCGGACCCCCACCAAGGAACGGGGAGACAUCUUCGCCGCCCUCAUGCUGAAGUCAGGAGACCGGCUGAGCCGUGGCGGGACGCCACCGCCUCCUUACCAGCGACGCAUAGGAAUGAUCCAGGAGAUGAUGCUGAUGGCCAAACAGGGGAAGCAGGACGAGGCCACAGAGAUGUUGAAGACGCUCCGACAGGACCUGGGCAUGGAGUCAACUUCUCUGGAUGAUGUGCUGUAUCGCUAUGCCAGCUUCCGAAACCUGGUUGAUCCAAUCACACACGACCUGAUCAUCAGCCUAGCGCGAUACGUUCACUGCCCCAAGACGGAAGGAGACUCUCUCGGGGCGAUGGAGAAGGUUUGUCGCCAGCUGACCUACCAUCUCAGCCCCCACUCUCAGUGGAGGAGGCAGGGCUUGCUCAAGAGGAAACCUCAGGCCUGUCUGAAGGCGGUGCUGUCAGCGCCUCUGUCCAGCGGAGCUCUGGACCUCUCUGGCAUCCCCUUGUCAGCCCGGGACAUGGAGCGUCUGUGUGCACACCUGCAGCGUCAUGCAUCCACGGUGGUCAGCUUGGAGCUGGGCUUCACAGAGCUGACGGAUGAGGCUUUCCUGCUGCUCCUCCCCACACUGGCCGCUCUGCCACAUCUGGAGACUCUAGCCCUCAACGGAAACAGACUAACCAGAGCGAUUCUAAAGGAGCUGACUGAUGCCCUGAAGGAUCCGAACAGUUUCCCGAGCGUGACGUGGAUCGACCUGGGAAACAACGUGGACAUCUUCUCCCUACCGCAGCCCUUCCUGGUCAGCCUGAGGAAACGCUGCCCUAAGCAGGGCAACUUGCCCACCAUCCUGGAGUUUGGAGAGAGCCAGGCCAGUGAACCCCCCGAAAGGCUGAGGGGUCUCGGGGAAGAGGAGGAGACGGAUGAUACCAACCAGACUGAGAGCAUGGGGGAGCUCAGGUCGGAGGUAGAGGAGGAGCUGGAUGGAGAGACUGAGAUAGAGGAGAUGAUGGAGGAGCUGCUGGACUUUGACAGAGAGGUGCAGGGGAAGGCGGAUGAGGAGGAGAGCAUGUGGACGGUGGGGGAGCAGAGAAGAGUUGGAGGGAGAAGGCGAGAGAGACGGGAGGAGGAGGAUGAAAAGGAGAAGGAAACACAGCAGAGAGCCAUGAGGAAGCCGGGAAGGAGGCCAGCAAUGGUGGAAGAUGAAGAUGACACGCAGAGCCACUCCUCCCACUUUUCAUGCUCCAGCCAAUCACAGCACUCUCUUUCUGGAGCAGUGGAGCCAAUGAGAGCAGAGGAGGAUUACUCGAUCAGCCAAUCAGAACAUUUAACCUGAUUGCUGCUUCCUGCUUGGUUUGUGUUUUCCUUCCUGUGUCUGGUCCUAUGUGGACGGAGAGAAGACUGAGGCUGGACACGACCCUGUUGUCCGUCCAGUGAUCCGGUUCGCCUCCGAUAACUGACAUGAUGACUGCUGAGCCCAAGGUCAAAGGUUGGCCCAACAAGAUGUGUUUAAUCAGAACAGACUGCUUUAUCUGCUUACACAAAGUUGUCUGUACAACAAUGGCCACGUUUACAUGAGGGUUUUAAUUCUCCUUUAAUUCAGAAUAAAAAUUAAAAUGACCUUGUAAACACCUAAUUCUGAAAGAAAAUGACCAUUCUGAAUUAAACUUAAAUCCGAAGUAAAUGGCUAGUUUAUUCGGAUUUAAAAUCCGAAUUGAAUAAUUCCUCAUGUUCACUCAUUCAUUCCACUUUAAAUUAAUUCUGGUUGUUCUGCGCAUGUUCGUUCCCUUGUCCUGUCGCCAUGACGUUACAGUACUCUACCUCCCUUCUCCUCCUCAGCUGACCAAAGUAAGGUAAUAUGCUGGUGUCAAGCUGCUGCUUCAAAACUAGAAUCAAAAUUAAUGUGAAAAUGGUUCUUAUUACAUGGCCUUCCAUGUUGUAGACUAAAAGAAAAAAAAGCUGAAACUGGAGUUUUCUUCUGGUACAUCACAUCCGCCUACUGUCCAAUAAGAACCAUUCCCAACCCCCAGAUCUAAAGUGGAAUUAAACGUCUUUCCAUGUAAACCUCAAUUCGGAAUUACUAUUUCCAUGUAAACGAGAAGCAGAAUACUUUAAUUCUGAUUUAUUUCAUUCUGAAUAAUUAAUUCCAAAUUAAAAAAACACCAUGCAACUGUGGCCUUUGUUAAUCAGGUCUUUUCUCCCGUCGGUCUCUGUAAAGCCUUCAUGUGCCUGUAACACCUUUGGUUACUGGUUUAACUUGUGUCCUGUCCGAGAAAAACAACUAGAAGAUAAAAUAAAACAGAGACACAAAUAAACUGGUCAGGCCCUUAAACUUAUGAAAAAUGCUGUUAGCCAAAAAACUACAAAUAGGAACUUAGAAAACGUUCCUCGUGUGUGUCUGACGGCUGGUCAGCUGCAUGCGAAGGUUAGCUGGAGUCAAACUGAAGCCAUUUUAUGGCGAUCUGUUGCUGGUAAAGAAACAAACAGAUGCACUGAGGUGUUAAAGAUGUGAAGUUAGUCAUCUGCAGCAACCAAUAAAGGAUUCGAUGCUGCAGAGAAAGAAGACUGGGUGAUGUUUGUACAAAGAACAGAAGUUACAAUCUGGCUGCCAUGUGUCCCAAAGCAGAUAUUAAAAAUUUAAAAGCCUUUUCACACAAUCCAGGUCCACUAUUCACUCCGUGGACGAUUGUGCCACUGAGUGUCACAUGUUUAUAACCAUGUGUUUGUGUAUAUGAUCACAUUCAGGUAGAAAACAAACUUAUUUUUACCCUGCAGAGCAUCGCUUUCACCCAGGAUGUGUGCUUUUCCUCCAGCUGCCCCAUCAUGCAGAGCUUUAAAAAGCAACUUUAUUUUUACAUGUACAGCAUAAAUAUAUAAAAAUAUAUAUAGAUUGUUUUUAAUCUGUCCAGCUGUAGCUGAGUAAAUGAGCUAGAUAAGAAGGAAUACUACUGGUCCAGUAACUCAUAUUAUCUUUGUGGUUUGGAAGAGCUGAACCUCAGCACUAGUUAAUUAUUUUGUUGUUAUGUAGAUUUUUGGUGCAGAAAAUGAACAGAAGUAAAAGAAAGAAGUUCGCACUGAUACAAACCUUAAUUCUAAACAAGCUGUAACGAUAUAAAAUAUUUUAAAAAUACCGAAUGCAAUUUUCUUUACAUCUCAUCAACCCAUAUUUUAUUCCUAAUAUAUUAUAAACAGCAUCUUAUGUUGAAACUGAGGCAUUUUGCCAUUUUAGCUCAUUGACUUUGAUAGCAGCAACACUUUCUCUAAAAAGUAGUUCCAGGGUGAUGUUCAGCAUCGUGUGGCAUCCCCUCUUUUUUUAACAUCUGUCUAUAAAUG